CGCAGCUCGCGCGAAAACUUCGCCAACUCACGUGGCUGCUGUGCUUGCGAAAACUGAGCCUACCAAGGCAACACACCACUGUCCGCCGCCGAUCCGCGAAAAGGGGCCACAGCACUUUUGUCUGCCUGCGCCCCAGCCCCGCAACCAUAUCCGCGUGGGUGGGAUUCCAGAGCGGCUAGAACACUUUCACACCAUGGUGCCUGUCCAACCCAAGCAUCUUGAGCCCAGUGAGUUGGGAACAAAGCAAUACUGGGAGGAUGCGUACUCCCGCGAAAUUGACAACCACAAGACCUCGCCCGAUGACGAGGGCACCGUCUGGUUUUCCGAUUCCGGCGCCGAGGAGAAGGUCCUCGAUUUUCUAGAAUGCUAUGCGGACGACGGUGUUCUGUUCAAGGACGCGCGGAACGAGCACGCGAACGUGCCUACUUCGUUCCUCGACCUCGGCACGGGAAAUGGCCAUCUUUUGUUCGCACUGAGGGAUGCUGGUUGGGAUGGUCUGAUGCUGGGUGUGGACUACAGCGCAAAAAGCGUGCAGUUGGCGAGGCAGAUUGGUAAGGCGCGGACGGAGCAGAACGAAGGCCAAGACGAUGCCGAAGACGAACACGAUGACACUGAGGGGAAGUCGACUCGGCCGGUCUACUUCGCCGAGUACGACAUCCUCAACCCUACUCCCUUGUCAGACGCUCCUGCCGCAGGGUUCGACGUCGUCCUCGACAAGGGCACUUUCGAUGCCAUCUCACUCUCGUCAGAAACCACGCCUGACGGGCGCAGGAUAUGUGAAACGUAUUGCGAAAAAGUGCUUCCCCUAUUGAAGACGGGCGGAUUGUUCGUCAUCACAAGCUGCAAUUGGACUGAAGAUGAACUGACGGCUUGGUUCGUUCAUGACACGCCGUCGGUGGCCGGAUCCUUUGAGCUCUGCGACCGAAUCGAAUAUCCGAGCUUUACGUUCGGCGGGAGGAAAGGGUCAAGUGUUGCAACGCUGUGCUUUAAGAGGACCUCUUGAUCAUGAACGCCAAUGUCAAGUGUCGUUAGACUCAACCGGUUUGAACUGCGCGUUCGCGCACUCGGGACUAGGAUUUAUAGAAGAACUGUAUCCCAAGCAUACGCGCACUCGAAUUUCCGUAUUUCUCCCCCAAUGGAAAGCGCGAGCGUCCGUUCUUAUUUUUGGAAAGACCCGUUGAGGCAAGUGUCGCGAGCACAUCGUGGCCAGCCACUACUUGGACCAUACCGCAGUAAUUCUUCAUUCAUUUCCCACGCAUCGAGAUCAUUGUGCACAUGAACUGGUGGAGCCGAGAAGCACAUCUCGAAGUGACGAGCAAAGCCACGCCGCGUUGAAGGAAAAAACGCAUUGAUUCACUAUGGGACAAAGCCCCUUCAACAGAUGCGAUAUGCCGUAGGCGUGGCUUGAUUCAUUUGUUGGUUACAGAAAUUGACCGUGCUACGCAAAAUACAACCCCCGCGGAAGGACUUAAAAACCCUUCCACGGAAGGAUCAGGACGGAAUGCAAAGAGUGAUACGCGUUUCUCAGGGGCAUUGGCAUCUCAAUCGGAGCGGCUUUUGCAAGUGGUUGAGCACCUCGCUAGCAUCCAACUUCCUCAAGUGUAGCGAGGACAAGAAAAAUGUGAACAGCGCGUGCAUCGCUUGGAUUGCUUUGUGUGGAAUUCUGCAUGCAGCUCGUGGGCUACAUGAUGUCGUUUGGAUCAUCGCCUAGCGCACAACGUAUAGGAGAAAAUGCACAUCGGCACGUAAGCAGUAAAGAUCCAUCAGAGACCUGGGGGAGGGGGAUAUCGGGGAAGUUGUGGACGUCGUGGACUAAGUUAGCGUGGUCAGCAAAGCCGGUGGAGAGAUAACUUGACCCAGAGAAAUGCGGUUGACAGGGGGAACUUGGGGGAGAUCCUCAUCCGCAACACGCACCAUCACAGAUUGGGUACAGCUGCUCCUGCGAAGCGCGACCCAUCCGCCAGGGAUAAGGAGUUCUG